ACUGUUGCACACAGCCACACGGAGCACUGCCCUCCCCCCUCGUCACCUGCUGCACCCUGCUUCUUCUGCUGCUACUUUUCAUAAUCAAGCUUCAAACAAGUCUUCUUCCUCUUCAUCACUCUUCAUCUAUCUCUAUUAUGGAUCCUAUUUACUCUGAGGCUGUUUAUCGCUUCAUCCUGAUGGUGGCAACGCUGGGCCAUGGAAUUCUCUCCAUGCCUGUCCCCACUGACAUACCCAUGUGCACAGCUUCAGAAACAGCCCAGUACAACCUCACCUUUACUGGGAAGUGGAGCCAAUCAGCUUUCCCCAAGCAAUAUCCCGUGUACCGCCCCCCUGCACAGUGGUCUAACCUGGUUGGGGUAACCCACAGCUCUGACUUCCACAUGUGGCAGCGUAAUGACUUUGCCAGUAACGGAGUGAGGGAGUUCAGUGAGAAGGGAGAGGCCUGGACGCUCAUGAAGGAAGUGGAAGAGGCGGGAGAACGCAUCCAAAGUGUUUAUGGCAUCCUCUCUGCUCCGGCUGUUGUGGGAGGAACCGGCCAGAUGAGCACUGAGUUUGAGGUGGUGGCCAGACACUCCUAUCUGUCCUUUCUUGUGCGCAUAGUUCCAAGUCCAGACUGGUUUGUGGGUGCAGACAGCAUAAACCUGUGUGACGGUGACCAGUGGAAGGACAAUGUGUCACUAGAGCUGUACCCCUAUGAUGCCGGGACUGACAGCGGCUUUACCUUCUCUUCCCCCAAUUUCGAAACCAUUCCACAGGAUAAAAUCACACAGAUUACAUCUUCUUUUCCAAGCCACCCCGCCAACUCAUUUUACUAUCCCCGACUGCGCCACCUGCCUCCUAUUGCCAAAAUCACAUUGACUAAGAUUAAGAAAAGCAAUCAUCAAUCACCAAUCAUCAAUCUGCCAAUGGAGCCCACUCAGUCCAACCAACUUCCAACUGGAAAUGAGAUCGAAGAGAAACUUAUAAAUACUCCUUUGGACUGUGAGGUGUCCGUGUGGUCUCCCUGGGGCUUGUGUAAAGGCAAGUGUGGAGACUCAGGUGUGCGACACCGCACUCGCUACAUCCUUAUGCAUCCAGCCAACAAUGGAGCAGCCUGCCCUCUGCUGGAAGAGGAGAGAAAGUGUUCCCCAGACAACUGUUUAUGACUAAGCCAGGAAAAGGGGGACAGUAAAGAGAGGAAAGUCAGGAGAAAAAAGAAGGACCGAAAGUCCAGGAGAGGGCGAAAAAGACAAAGACAAGGCAACAGUAAAAGGUCUGUUAGCUAUUUGAAUGUAGAAUAAACCUAACUCAAACAGUGACUACUGAUCCAGGGUCACAAGUCAUGCCUCAUAGAGACAUACACUGACUAAUGGAGAUGUGAUGCUAAAUUCUGAAAGGUGUAGUUUAGCAAAAAUGCUAU